UUGUCUAAUUUGGUGAUUUUUAUGAAAAAAUCUCAUCAUCAUCACCGAAAAGCUGAUAAAAUUCUCAGCAAUCAUUUAUUGAUUAGUUCAUUGUCAUCGAAAAGUCAUAAUGAAGAAUAUAAAAAUCAUGAUCAACGAAUUAAAUUAUAUGUUGAUGAAUUAUUCAAACGGAAAUUACUUCCAUCUAGAAAUGUGCAAUAUAAAUCAAUGAAUGAAUUACAACAACGUGUGGCAACUAUAUUGGAACGUUUCGAUUAUGGAAUGUAUAAAAAUAAUUUAAAUAACGAUGAAUUUGAUCAAUACGAAUCGACUAGGGAAAAAUUUCAUCUGAAAUCUGAAGAAAUUUUUGAAAUUUUAUCCACACAAAAUGAUGAUGAUGAUCGAUUAUUGAAAUAUUUUAUCAAUAAUCGUUGUCAAUUGUAUGAAAAAUUUCUUCGUCGAUUAAAUCGAUCCCAGAUACGUCAACGUCGUAAACAAGAUCAACAUGCUGAUGAUGGUGAUGAUAAUUUACGAUCAGGAAUUUGGUCCGACCAGAAUGAACUUGCAUACGGUCUAUGGCAUAAUUGUUUAUUUACAAAAAUGAAACGUUCAUCGUUAUCACAUCUUUAUGAUCGUCGAUUAACGAGCCAAGCUAUGUAUUGUCCAUCAACACCACGUGUAUUGAUCGAUUUGGAUUACGCAAUGGACCAGGAUUUUUUUCAUACCCGAAAAAUAUUGAAUGAUGUGCGAAAUUUAUUAGCCGUCAAUAAAUAUCACCAUAUCAAUCCAUUUCGAAUUGAAUUUGUUCGCAGUAGUCACCAUGGUUUAAAAAAUAGUCGUUUCGAUAAAAUUGUUCACACUUUUAUGAGCUGGUGGAAUGACCCGAAACAAUAUCAAUACACCAUUCAUCAUGUUGCAAAACCAGUGAAUGUAUUGGAAUCGGAUGAAAAAUUAAUCUACUUUACGCCGAAUGCAAAAAUACCAUUGACAAUGUCUGAAUUAUUGGAUGAACGUAAUAUAUUCGCCAUACCUUGUCAUAAUUCACGUAGUCUACGUGAUCCAGUAUUUAAUCGAAUUAAUCGUCUACAAUAUCAAAAAUCAUCAUCACAAAGGAUAAUGGUGCGUCGAUUACCAACAACGGAACAUAUUGUUUGGAAUAAAUUCCAUGGUGUAAUAUCAUGGUCAUUAUUUUUGACAAUUUUACACGAUAUUCGCCAUAAUCAACAUGAUGAUUGGAAUUCUGUGUUUAAACGUUAUCUACUUGAAAAUGAAUUAAUCAAAUCAGAUGAUGAAUUAUCACGGGAAAUGCAGAAUAGACAGCAAAUACAAAUAAAACGAGAGAAACAAAUUGUUGAUUUUAAACGAUCAAUCAAUGUAAAAUAAAAACUUGAUUUUUUUUCUAAUUUCUUUCAAAAAUAAAUUCGAAAACAAAACAAAAAAAAAUCGACGACGACUAUUUCCACACAAUAUAGUUGUUCAUUGCGCGUCACAUCAAUUUAUUCUUUGUUGUUGUUGUUGUUGAUGGUUUAUUUAUUAUCACACACACACACACACUAAACACAAAAUUUAACCAUCCAUCUCAUUUGAAUAUUUCAUUCCUAAGAUUUUUUUUCUUAUCGCUAUAAACGUGUUUUUUUUGCCCAUUUAUUAAUAGGUAAAAUAUAACCGUACGAAUUUGGCAAACGUUCGGUUAAUGUUAAAAUCAUACGAGCAACAACAACAACAAACGUUUAGUUUUGUGUGUGUGUGUGUGUCUCUAACCAUAACUUUACGAAUAAUUGAAGCGAAGCAAAAGAAAAUUUAUUUCGAAACUGAACCUUUUUUUCCGUUCGUACAUUUUUUCGAAUGUGUGGCUGUUGGUUGUCUUGUUAAGAAGACAACGAAGACGAUAAAAAAGAAGUGGCAAGUGGUGGUGAAUUUUUGAUAUUUUCCUUCAUCGUCGUCGUCGUCGUUUUCAGUGUAUCUCUCUUUCGUUGUGUGCGUGUGUGUGUGUGAUGUGUCAAUCAUUAUCAUCAGCCGCAUCAUUUUCAUCUUCGUGUUAGCAUCCAUAUAGAGAGAGAGAGAGACAUUGGAUUGUUGGUUGGCUGGUUGUUGUCGUUGUCGUCGUCUUCAUUGCCAUCAUCAUAGAUCGGUUUGAUCAUCAUCAUCAGCAACAAC